AUGCCGAAAGAACGUCGUAGACGAACGAAUACGCACGAUCAAUCUGUAUGUUUGGACAAACGGCAUUUCACUCUUUCUGGUAAAUCAGAACAUGUCGAGGUCGGAGCUGAACUCGAUGCAUCUGCAAACGAUAUCUUCAACGACAUGGAAGAAGACAUCGAGAAACCAACCUUGAAAAAGAAGGAAAAACAGCAACUGAAACAUGAACUCUUUCUACAACGAUUGGAGUCUUCACAUACUCCUUAUUCAAAGUCGCAUGCUCGACGACUAAAGCGGAAGGCGAAGGAGGAACUAGCAGGUGGGUUGCAAGAUGUCGCGUUUGCGCUUCCCCAAGUGGAAGGUGCCACCGCCGACAGUGUCCAAGAAACAGUCGCGGAUUCUACAGUGUCAGACUCAGGAAGGAGGACACUUCACCGAAAGCAGAAAGCUGGCCUGAUUGGUGAAGGCAAAGGUGUUCCUCUGUCUGAAAAGCAGAGAAGGCGAGUCUUAAAAACGGAGAAAAUUCGCCAACCUUUACUGCUUGCCACUCCGGAGUUUGCUAGCAAUCCAUUCAAAGCAUUACGGAUCCAUGCACAAAACACCCUUGUCAAGCAUGAAAAGGGCUAA